AGAACCUUUGGAGAAAUAAACAUAAAUUCCCAAUACUUUUAUCAUGGUAUCAAAGCAUAUCUUCUGAGACCUGUGUCGACUUAAUUCUCUCGGCCAACAAACACCACCCGCACCCUGCGAUCGACAGACAUGGCGGACGAGAAGGUCGAGAAAACUGAAAAACCUGUUUCACAAGUUAUCGGUGAAGAGGAAGAAAUCGGAGAAAAGCAAGUCACAAAGAUAAGUCCAUAUGAGCUGAGAUCUGCAGAUACUCCUGCUCUCGUUAUCACCCAGAUUAAAUUAACUGGAGAUAAGAACUGCGGCCAGAAUGGACAUGAGAUAAGUGGAUGCUUUCAAAUCAUUGGUUACCCGGAAUGGUGGGGUGACCGACCCCGACCACAGGCCACUGCCUACGGAAGAGGUCGCGGCGGUGGAGGAGCUGGGCGCGGACGAGGAAGGCAGACCCGAGGGGGAGGAGGCGGCAGAGGAAACCGGUACGGCAGAACUGAUGGAGGAGGACCAAGUGCUCACACGGCACGGACAGACGGGAAUGGAGAGCGGGAACGCUUUUCCAAAGAGCAGUGGAAUGCCUUGAUGGGAAUCUUUAAAGAAAAAGAAUUGCCUCUUGAUAAUAAAUUUUCAGGAAUACCAGUAACUUCUUGGAUAAUUGACAGCGGAGCAAGUCAGCACAUGACAGGUGAUAUAAAGAACCUAAAGGACGUCGAAUGGAUAACGGCUUGCUCACAGAGCGACACUAUGACCGAAUCCCUUGAGCUCGUGGAAGACGACGAAUUCACGUCGUUGCCCAUCUGCUCUACCCCGGCGUCCCGUCCAUCCUUUGGUAGCCCCACUGGCGCCAUUGAGAAACACACACUGGACGACGACGAAACCACCAAUAGCGAAACCAACCAACCCGAUAACCCCACUGGUGGCGGGGUAUCUCUUUCUGACAAUGCUUUUGCCGAUAUAGUCCCUGCCGGCAGCCCCACUGGCUCCAGCGUCCCUCCUGAUUGCUUGCGUCGGGGAACUCGCGAACGGAAACCUUCAACACGGUUACGAGACUUUGUUGUUCACACCAUUCAACAUCCUCAAGCUGCUUCACCAUCCCCGGAUCCACCCUCAGGAUUUGGAUUCUUGGCUUAUAAAUAGGGUAGGAGCUUUCUGUAUUCAGACCAGAACCUUUGUAGAAAUAAACAUAAAUUCCCAAUACUUUUAUCACAAGUUAUAUUAAGAAUCAAAAUCUAGGGGCUGCCCAAAAUCAAAGCAUCAAGCCGCCCAUUCUCAAACCACCGGUCUAGUAGAUGAGUGCAACUGCGGAGGCCAGCGAAAGAAGAAGAAUCAUGCUUGAAGACGGGAUCAAGGCGAAGAACGGAGACUCCUUCCAUCUAAUUAGGGAUUUUAUGUCCUAAUCCGAGAAGAAGAUCUAAAAUCCAGAAUCUAUAAAAGAAGCAUAAACGCAGCAGUGAGGCGGAGAAUAAGUUGCACCAGAGCAGCAACGCGGGGGCGAGGAAGAUCACUUGAUGGGUACAACCUUAUGGGGGAUCUGGAUUUCGGUCGAGAUCCUCCAAUUUCUUCUUCCUUAUGUUCGUCUUUGUUAAAAUCUUUGUUCACAGUAGAGUUUAUAUCUUUCUUCAACAAUUUCUUAACAAGGGUUGAAUUAAAUUGUCUUGUCUACGCAAUUGGCAGAACCUUU